UGAUGCGGUAAAAUUUAAAAUAUAUAAAAAUGAGCUCACAAGAAUCAAUUUUUUCAUCAAAUAAUACACCUAUGUUCGAAAUGAACGACGAUAAUGUUGAUGUAAUUUGGAAAACUCUAUUCGACUCUUUAUCAACUGUAUCAACUGCUGAAGAUUGCGAACAUGUUUUAGAAACUGUAAAAUCAUCUUUUAGUAGCUAUUUAAAAUAUACUUCUAUGGAUGAAGUCCAAACGAAAUUGCUACAAUAUGUGUGUCCAAUUAUUACUCAUUUAUUUCAAAAGAAUUUGGAACAAAUUAGCGAAAUGACCAAAGAAUUAAAUACGGACAAUUCUCAAGAAAUUAAAAAGCAUUUAAAUGUAAGAGACUCUCCUAAAAAUAUAUCAAAUAUUGAUUCUUAUUAA